GUCAGGAAAAGGGUGGGGAAAGAACGCUGGCGCCUGAUUGGUUCCAACGCUCUCUUUUGCUGCCACAAUACUGCAACCACGUGACCUGGCUGUUUUCAACCCACUUCCACGCGUGCAUUUAAAAAGACGGACAGUGUAGAUCGGCGUUAUGUGCACCCACCCAAGUGCAGUAGAUUCUAAAGCACGAUUCGAUGCAUCGUAAGUGAGGAGGAAGAGGUGGGUGGAGGAGGCGUGAGGGAGAAGCAUGGCGGCGGCAGCGAGCAGCAGCAGCCCCUCCGCCGCGGCCACGCUUCUGCACGGCCACCGCAUCAACAACUCGCAGACGCGGAAACGCAUCGAUUCAAGGCGGAGGCAAGCGGCGCUCUCAUUCCUCACCAACAUCUCCCUGGAUGGGCGACCCGUGCAAGGCGAGCGCCAGGAGGUGCAGGACGUCGCCGAGGAAGGAGACUCUGAAGCCCCGAAUUGCAUGGUGGAGCGAGGCGCUGCCGCCGCCGCCGCCUCGGCUGCUGCCGCCUCGGCUGCCGCUCUUGCCGCCGCCGCGACCGCCUUGGCCAACCUGGCGAGCAGCCGAAGCAGCUCAGUGGCUUCGGCUGCAUCCGUCGCCCCAGAACUCGGCGAGGGUGAAGCGAUCACUCAGGCGUAUGCUCCUCCUCCGGCGGCGGCCGCGUUCGGCUCGCCUCUCUCGGCUCUCGCCGCCUCGGCCCGGGGCAGACUGCAGACUUACACCCCGGGGGUCGCGCCCGCGCCGUACUCCAGACAAGGAUCCCAGAACUACUGCCUGGAGGGCGGACAGAUCGCCAACUCUGCCAUUGAGUUACAGCGAUCGAGACGCCGGCUCAUCUCCCAGCGCUCAUCGCUAGAAACGUUGGAGGACAUUGAGGAGAAUGCUCCUUUGCGCAGAUGCCGGACUCUGUCAGGUUCCCCUCGACCAAAGAGCUUCAAGAAGAUCCACUUCAUUAAGAACAUGCGGCAACACGAUAUGCGCAACGGAAGGAUAGUCCUAAUCAGUGGCAGAAGAUCCUUCUAUAGUGUAUUUUCAGUGCUGCCCUAUCGAGAUUGUAGCCAAGCGGGGGAUGUGAAGAUGGAGGCGUCGGGGCGCCAGCGCCACCCAUCGGGGGGCGUCAGCGCCAAAGAGAUGGUCAUUGGCCUCGAGGGCGUCGAGCUCGGGGCGGAUGGAAAGACGGUGUCGUACACUCAGUUCUUGUAUCCGACCAACGUGCUGGGCGGGCGGAGGAACACCAUCGACUCCACGUCGUCCUUUUCGCAGUCUCGCAACGCCAGCCAUCGCAGCCUCAGCCUGGCCCGUGCCAACAGCAACCAAAGCAGCUUGGACACCGGCAACGACCUGAGUGAGUUCCGCGAGUACGACCCCAACCUUCUGGACGACCCUCAGUGGCCUUGCGGUAAACACAAGCGAGUGCUCAUCUUCCCGUCCUACAUGACGACGGUCAUCGAGUACGUGAAACCCUCCGACCUGAAGAAGGACAUGAACGAAACAUUCAAGGAGAAGUUCCCUCACAUCCGCCUCACGCUCAGCAAGAUCAGAAGCCUGAAGCGGGAGAUGAAGAAGCUGGCCCAGGACGAGUGCGGCUACGAAGAGCCCACGGUGGCCAUGGCCUUUGUCUACUUUGAGAAGCUGGUGCUGCAGGGCAAGCUCAACAAGCAGAACCGCAAACUCUGUACGGGGGCCUGCGUCCUGCUGGCGGCUAAGAUAGGCGGCGAUCUCAAGAAGCACCAAGUCAAGCUUCUUAUUGACAAACUGGAGGAGAGGUUCCGCGUGAACCGUCGCGAGCUGAUCGCCUUUGAGUUCCCCGUGCUGGUGGCGCUGGAGUUCAACCUGCAUCUCCCCGAGCAUGAGGUCAUGCCGCACUACAGACGCCUACUGCAGACUUCAUAGCGGUGGCGGGCAGCCCGUUUGCUUCUACUCACGCUACUGUUGCAGAACCUGGGUCUCUUUUUUUUUUUUUCUUCUUCUUUUCUUUAUUUCCCUCGCCACCAUUUUGUACAUUUUAGACUCAUUUUAAAAAAAUUUUGGGGUUGUGAACUGGAUCCUUCUCUCCUUUCACAUUUCUUUUAAUCAUCAAACUGCUUUGCAUAUGCUUGCUUGCGGUUUGGCGAUCGUCUUAAAAAAAAGUGCACUUUUUCCGGAGUAUUACAAGAUUUUUACGCAGCUUAUAGUUGGAGUUUUUUUCUUAGUUCUAUGCAUGAGGAAACAUUGUUUGUCUUCUCUUCCAUUCCAUUGUGCUAUUCCGAUCACUUUGACCAGUGUGUAAUCUUCACCUGCUCUAUGUUAGAGUGUUUUGCUAGCACCUUAAGGUGCUCUAUGGUUGUUAAGGUGGUCGUUUUUGGUUGCCAGAGAAGGAAGGGUUAGGGUGCAUACAAGCGUCCAGUUGCUGUCCAUUUGGGUGAAUUUCACUUUUUUUGGAACAUCCACUGAACUCCAUGUCAAUUGGUGUCAGGGGCUUUCUUUAAAACAAAUGUUUCAGAGGGCUUCUAAUAAAUAUUCACUUGAUUUAGCAUGUUUAUGAUUUGCUGUCUCAUCAUAAGCCCUCUCCAGCAAGAAGUAAAAAAAAAAAAAAAAUCAUAGGAAGAGCUAAGAUUAUUUGUAAUUCAGUUUUCUGGGGAUAUUUAAGAUGCAUUUCACCACAUUUGAUUGUUGCUGGCAAAAUAUCGGUAGCUAAGAACAGACUGAAGGCUAUUAUUACUGCUUGAUUGUAACUGUAAAUAAAACAUUUGCUUGUCCAAUCAAAAAGAGAGUUUUUGGGAUGAUAAAGUGACAUUUUGUUUGUUGUCAGGAUGGUGUUUGCAUUAUUAUGAAUGAGAAUGGAGCAAAUGCUAACAUACAAAGAUUUAGUCAAUUUAAGCAAAGUGACACAUUUUGGAGCCAAAGUCAUUUUGCAAGAAACAAAAGCCCAAGCGGCAAGUUCUAUUUUACCUUCUCGAUCAACGAUUGUGAGUAAGAUGGCUGUGUCACGUGGACGUUCUAAGGUAAACAAGGCUUGGGAUCAAAACAAACCGUGAGGACGCAUGGCAUGCGUGGCUUAGUCAGCCCCCAUUGAAAGCCUAAUUCCCCCCCGACCGGACCCAUACAUGGACAGGCUUAUUGUGAAAACAUGUAGCGGCAUUUGGCAGGGGGGUAACGGCGCAUGCAUGGCGUCGUCUAUCUUUGGCUGGAACAUAACAUUUGGCUGAGGUGGCAGUUUUCCCAUCACCGUGGUGUGACUCAGGACUUUUCCCGUGUAAACACGGAGGCCCGGAAUGUGGGGCCCGGCAGCAUGCUGGCCCACAUUACAUGACGUCACUGGGAUCGUCUUCGAAUCUACACCCGUUCUAGAACGCGCUUGAUUCAAUUUGGAUUGAGCUUUCUCGGUUACCGUAGGCGCGCCAGUUCACUGUGCAGCAAGCUCUACCGGUGACUACUAACUGAUUUGAGUGAGUACUGCAAACAAUUUUAAGCUCUCUAGUUUCCGUCUACAUGUAAAAAUGCAGGAGCAUCAUUACGACACGAGCUCCUCUACACUGCAUUCGGUACACCGCCAUUUUCAGGUGUACCUAAUAACAGGCCACUUCAUUAGGGAAAUAUCAUGGUCAAAGCUUAACUGAAACUGAAAAAGCGACCCCCUCACCCCCACUUCCUGAUUGGCUGUUUUGUUUGUGACGUACUCCUGGACACUUCAUUAGGUACACCAUAACUGGCCACACCUAAUAACAGGCAAUUGCAUUUGUAAAUGUGGGCAAAAUUGUGAAAAAUAUUCAAGUUUGAAACUCAAUAUCUGCUGUGUCAGUGACAAGU